AUGAUGGUGAUUGAUGGACCUUUGGUUGCUACUCUUGCUGCAGAUGUUAGAUGGAUUGUCUCUCGUGGAAAUGACAGAGAUUUCGAGCAUCAUACAAGAAGUGAACAUGAAAAGGAAUCUUUGUCCAGCGGACAGGACGAAGGAACGCCAAAUCCAAAGGAAGCAAAUAAGGAUAAGCCCAAGGUGGACCCUGCUUUAAAGUGUAAUUGUGAGUUUAGGCAGGGCAUCGACAUGAAGUCCUUUGUGAACAAGUAUCUUGAGGCUGGAGAAGUGCGAAGGAUCAUCUUUUGUCCUGACUAUUCAAGGGCUGUAGCUUUCCUAUAUGAAGGUGCAAUAAUCGUUGGAAGAAAAGUAGCUACACGGCGCAUCCGAAGAGAUCCAUCCAAGAGAUCAACUGAGAUUACAGCACAGAAUGAAAGCGAACCCGAAGAAGUGCUUACCGUGAUACAGUUAUUGUUGGAGCCAAGGCCACCCAUACGAGAGAACAAUGAUAGGCACUGA